AAAUAUAAGAUACAUCGCAAAUUCUGUGUGGUUUUUUAAAUUUAUUUUUGUUUGAGACUUUUGUCCCAGCGCAAUGUUCCCGUGCUCUCUGUGCGUGAGGAAGGGUUUCAGUCAGGUUCUCCCUGCCUACACCCCCGGUGAACUCGAUCCAGCGUUUGAUUUCCGUGUCACACCAUCCGCAUUCCUGCGGCGAGCAACCAGCACGCUGCAAACAUCCACCCCGGGGGCCGGGAGGAGGGUGGCGCUGCCCGGUCCCCUCGGGGACAGGCUGGGACAGGAGCGCUGGCCCGGGAGCGCAGCAAUCCCCGGCAUCCCGGGCAAACGCAGCAGCCCCAGGGCACGGAGCGGGGCUUUCUCCGAGGGUUUUAGGCAGGGUUAUUUUAGUCCUGAGCUGACUCACACUUAUCCCGGUGUGACUCACGGGGGGCCCGGGGCCCGUUAGGGAUGUGGCUCGGCACGGCACACUUGGCACUCUUGGCACUCUUGGCACUCUUGGCAGUCUUGGCACUCGCGGCUUUCCCCACUCAGCCCCGCACAGGGAGCGGCCGUGCUGGACCCGAGGCUCUGGGAAUCGCCUUUCCCGUCCCCUCCGCAGGUGCAGCAUCACCGGGAGCGCCCUGGCACCAAUUUUUAUGGGAAAGUUUGAUUAAAUAAAAGAUUCCCAAGGGUCGGAUGUUGAAAGGGAGGCUCAGCCCGUGCCGUGCCGCUCACCCCUGGCUCCCGGGAGCUGCUCACUCGCAGCUCAAGCUUUGUUGCACUCAUGCUGUGAGCCCCAGCUCCUGGUCCUGCAGGAGAUCAUCCACCACGGACAGAAAAAGUCGUGCGGACUCUGCUCGCGCUUGGCCCGGACCCGGCGCUGGGAAUCAGCUCUCCUAUGGCCCGAGCAGCCUGGAAAACUUUGCUUUUUCAGGAUCGCUUUCCAACAAACAGCAAAUCCUACAGAUUUCUUCUUGGCACCGAGCGAAGCAUUUUUACAGCGAUUGGUUUUCUCUGUGAGAUUCAGAGAAAGGCUGAAAGGCUGCUCCCGCUUCCAGGAAUCCCGGCGAGCACAGGUCGUUCCCUGUCGGGACAAUGCUGCGCAGGCACUGCCCGCAUCCCCCCCCUGCCCGCCCCCAGCCCGGGGGAAGCCCUUUCCUGCCUGCAGCCGCGGCUCGGAGGGGGACAGGAGGGGAGGUCCCGUGUGUGGCAGAGGGUGACGGUGCCUCUCCACGGGCGGUGGGCUCCGCUGAUGGAGAGCACCGAGCUGAACCCCCUGAUCCGGGACGUGUACGCGGCCCCCGGCCGUGUCCCGCAGGGCUCGGCACGCCGGGGCAGCGGCUGCCGGGAGCUGAUGGUCAGGCUGACCGAGGGGCAGUACGUGCUGUGCCGCUGGACAGACGGGCUCUACUACCUCGGCAAGAUCAAGAGGGUGAGCGGCUCCAAACAGAGCUGCCUCGUCACGUUUGAGGAUAACUCCAAGUACUGGGUCCUCUGGAAGGACAUCCAGCAUGCCGGUGUCCCGGGGGAGGAGCCCAAGUGCAGCAUCUGCCUGGGGAAGAAGUCGGGCCCCAGGAACGAAAUCCUCAUCUGCGGGAAGUGCGGGCUGGGUUAUCACCAGCAGUGCCACAUCCCGGUGGCGAGCGGCGCCGAGGGCCCGCUGGGGACGCCGUGGUUCUGCCGCCGCUGCAUUUUCGCCCUGGCCGUGCGGAAAGGGGGUGCCCUGAAGAAAGGAGCCAUUGCCAGGACGCUGCAAGCCGUGAAGAUGGUGCUGUCCUACAACCCCGAGCUGCUGGAGUGGGACUCCCCACACCGAACCAACCAGCAGCAGUGCUACUGCUACUGCGGGGGCCCCGGAGAGUGGUACCUGAAGAUGCUGCAGUGCUACCGCUGCCGGCAGUGGUUCCACGAAGCCUGCACCCAGUGCCUCAGUGACCCCAUGAUGUUCGGAGACCGGUUCUAUGUGUUUUUCUGCUCUGUAUGCAACCAGGGACCAGAAUACAUCAAGCGCCUGCCCUUGAGAUGGGUGGACAUCGUCCAUCUCGCCCUUUACAACCUGGGUGUGCAGAGCAAGAAGAAGUACUUUGACUUUGAGGAGAUCUUGGCCUUUGUGAACCACCACUGGGACCCUCUGCAGCUCGGGAAGCUCACGGGCACCCCCAUCUCGGAGCGCGGCCCCCACCUCCUCAACGCCCUCAACAGCUACAAAAGCAGGUUUCUGUGUGGGAAGGAGAUAAAGAAGAAGAAAUGCAUCUUCCGCCUGCGGAUCCGCGUCCCCCCGAAUCCCCCCAGCAAAGUGCUGCCGGAGAAAGCCCCCGGCGAGGGCGAGAGCAGCUCCUGUGAGCUGAAGAAGAGGGGGAAAAGCAAAUACGCCCAUAAGGACAGCCUCCUGCCGCGGCAGCUCCAGCAGCAGAAGCGGCGAGCGCGGCGCAAGAGGGCCAAGUUCCUGCUGGAGGAUGCCAUUCCCAGCAGCGACUUCACCUCGGCCUGGAGCACCAACCACCACCUGGCCAGCAUCUUCGACUUCACACUGGAUGAGAUCCAGAGCCUGAAAAGUGCCAGCUCGGGACAGACCUUCCUAUCGGACGUGGACUCCACAGAUGCCACCAGCACCUCGGGCUCGGCCACCACGAGCCUCUCCCACGAGUCCAGCCGCAGGACCGUGGGCAGCCGCAAGCGCAAACUGGCGGUGCCAGCCUACGCCUCGGGGGCCAAGAGGAGAGGGGGAGAGCUGGGGGGGCGCCCGGCCACGGCCACCCCCGAGGGCAGCGAGGCAGCGGCCGGCCCCGACCGCCCCGACGACGGCAUCGACAGCCACACCUUCGAGAGCAUCAGCGAGGACGAUUCCUCGCUGUCCCACCUCAAGUCCUCCAUCAGCAGCUACUUCGGGGCCGCGGGCCGGCUGGUGUGCGGGGAGAAGUACCAGGAGGAAAAUGCCCCAAAACCAGCCCACAUGUGGCUGUUGCAGCCGUGGGGCAGAUGUGCUCUCACCCCACGACCUGGACUGUGUGUGGUGCUGCACCAGCUUCAUUUCCCUGUUCUGACAAUCAUGAUCUUGGAAGAGAUCAUCCAAAAAAAUCCUCCUUUGCCUUAAAACCACCAUGGGCACUUCACAGACUGGAGCCCAAGGCCUUUGUUUCUACAGGAAUCUUCAUCCCAAAUGUGCCAAACCAGCAGACAAACCAAAAAAGGCUGAAGAGGACAGUGGGGGCAGGGGGAAGGGGCUGUACCAGGGUCCCUGUGGCCAUCCCUGUGACCUCCUGGCUGUGCCUCUCUCGUAGUGCUGAUGUUUGUGAGCAUUGGGCUUGAUUUGUCUGCAGGAGAGAAGGAGCAGCCCCCUCCUUUAACAAAGCAAUACUGCCAGCUUGGGCAGGAGCAGAGCAAUUGGCUUUUAAAAAGAUUCCAAUAUCAGAUAGAUGUGUUAGAUUUAUUUUCCUUUAGAGAGAGAGAGAAAGAGAGAGAUUUUUAAUGUCCUCCUCAUCUCUCCCCAUCCCACUGUGGCUGUCCCAUGGGAUGGAGGGUGGGGUCCUGUCCAGCAGCCCAUCCUGUCCUGUCCUACCUGUGCUUGUGGGAUCUCAGCUCAUCUGGAGCAGAGUGUCCCUGUCCUUUUGGGACAGGUGCUGCCAGGUCCCCCCAUCCCUGGCAGGGAGGCAUCCAGCAGCUGGAGAACUCCCUGUCCUGCCUUAGCUUUGUCCUUGAAGGAUCACUUCAAAUAUUUCCCUUUUUAGUGCCUAAGGAGCCCUUCCAAGGGGCUGCCAAGAGCUGUGCCAGGGCUGAGCAGGGUUAUGCCUGUGGGAUGUGCCAAUGGACACCACACUCGUGGAAGCACCCACAGGAUGUGGCCCUGGCUCCUCUCUGCUCCCUCUCCUCCUCUCCUGGCUUGCAGAGAAUUGAAUGUGGAGCCUUUAAAAGUAUUUUUGUUGCAGAGUAUAUUUUGCAUUCGCUGUAAUAGAGAUUAUAACAACUCUGUGCACCUUCUGAUUUCUGAGUUCAGGUUGCUGCUUGUAAGCAAGUCUCCUUUAUACCCAAGUUGUAAUUAAUGUGUCUGAUGUACAAUUAAAAAGAGGGGUUUUUUUCAA